AAUCUGGGGCAUCAUCUCUAUCUACAUCACACUUACUUAAUAUACUAAAUAUUAUUGAUCCCGGAGAGUAUGUCGCGAUCGUCUCAGAAGCAGAAACCAGACAUACCUUCUCCAAAGAAACAAAGAUCAAUUUUGGAAUAUACGAAAUCAUCCACUAAACUACAACAAUCUGAUACAGUAGUAGAUUUGACCGAUGACUGUGAAGUUAUUACGAUAGUUAAAGAUGAAGAGUCUUCAGUAUCGUCUCUUGCAUUUGGAGAAUUCAUAGAUGAAACCAUAUUAUGUCCCAUAUGUUCAUGUGACAUAUCACGGCUCAGUAUAGACUCAAGAUCAAGUCAUGUAGAAUUAUGUUUAACACGCGUAUCUACUACUGAUACGGUAAUUAUAGCAAAUAAUGAUAAUUCUAAGAAGCGGAAAGUUAAACGAGAAUUACUGGUUAAUGAGAAGGAGAAGUUACGAUAUGUUAAUGUUGAAAAUGAAGAACUGGUACAGGCUAAAGUUGUAAAAGCUCCCACCACAAUAGCUCCAUCAAAGGCUAAGAAACCAAUACCGAUACUAAAGCGUAUGAGGUUUCCCAUAACAAAUAAUGAAGUUUAUGAAGUAGCGGUGGAUGCAUUCUGUUAUGCUCCCGAUGAUUUAAUAGACAAAUAUUUCUUAACUCAUUUCCAUUCUGAUCAUUAUGGAGGAAUCUCAAAGAAGUGGAGCUACGAAAGAGUAUUUACUGAUAGUACGGAUUAUCAGGAUGAUUCAAAGUAUCGAUCCAUAAUCUAUUGUACUCCCAUAACGUCACGAUUGCUAACGUUAUACUUCAGUAUAGAUCCUCGAUUCAUUAAGGAACUUGAACUAGAUCAUCGAUACUUAGUUCACUCCUAUAGUUACGAUACACCUCAGGAGAGCCACCUAUCAACUGACUCAGAAGCAGAACUAGAACCUGGCCUCUAUGUGACUCCUCUAACUGCCAACCAUUGUCCUGGAGCUGCUAUAUUCCUCUUUGAAUCCGUAUCUUGUGAGAGAAAGCAUCAUCGCAUCUUACAUUGUGGAGACUUUCGAGUUAACAUGGAUAUCUUAGGUCAUCCAUUAUUAUCACCAUACAGACUUGAUGGAGCUCUCCAGCUUGAUAAAGUAUAUCUUGAUACUACAUACAUGUCCCCCAAGUAUAACUUCCCCAAACAAGAAGUUGUCUGUGAAUCAGUAGCUGACUUAUUCUACAAUAUAAUUCAUGAAGAUGAUUCAUCAUGGUUCGGAGCUCUAAAGCAAACACGUAUUACUGACUUCUGGAAGCAUAAAACUACAACUACCAAAAAGAAGAAACUUUUGGUAUUGGUAGGCACUUAUGUUAUCGGAAAGGAGAAACUUGCUAUGGCAAUCCUGAAGAGAUUAAAUUGUCAGAUCUAUGCUCUGAACAUUAAUAGUCGAGAAAAUAAACAUCAGGUACUUAAGACUUAUGAUGAUGAGUAUCUCAAUCUGGUCCUCCUGGUGACGGAUUUGGGAUCUGAUGAUACUCAAUCUCAGUGUAUGGUCCAUCUUGUACCCAUGAGUAUAGUAGGUUCCAUUACCGAAUUAGCCAACUAUUUCAAUCAUAAUAAGUAUUAUGAUCAUUUCGAACGUUGUGUAGGUUUAAGACCUACUGGUUGGACAUUUCUGUCUGAAUAUAGUAAUGCAAAUGAUGAUUUUGAUAUUAUCGAUAAAGCCGGCAAUACCAGUUUGGCACAAUUAGCUGAAGUAAUGAUAUCUAGUCCACAAUUUACUUAUCAAGAUGAUAUCCUACCUCAGAAUUCCAAUGUUAAUAGAAAGGGUAAACCAGAUCAAUCAUUAUAUCGAAUAUAUUCAGUACCAUACAGUGAACAUAGUUCAUAUAGAGAACUAGCAUAUUUCAGUAUCUUAUUUAAUAUUGAUAAACUUAUCCCUACUGUUAAUCUACAUAGUACAGAAUCAAUUAGAGCUAUGGAAGAUAUCUUUCAAGUAUGGGAAACUGCCCGUAAAGUUAAGAAAGAAGAAAUUUCUACUACAGAGGUAGAAGGUGUAACUGAAUCAUUUAAUCAAAUCAGUAUAGACACAUUCUAAAUGUGGUGUAUAAAAUAAAUGACA